UGCGGCGGUGCUCGAAUUUGCUAUAUAUUUCACGAAACGUUUGGCCGCGUGUUGGAAUCGAUCAAUCCGCUAGAUAAUCUGACGCAGCUUGAUAUACUUACAGCUAUUCGCAAUGCUACGGGUCCCCGGCCGGCUCUUUUCGUGCCAGAAGUUAGCUUCGAGUUGCUAGUGAAGAAACAAAUCCGUCGGUUGGAAGAGCCAAGUUUACGUUGUGUGGAACUGGUGCAUGAAGAAUUGCAGCGGAUUGUUCAGCACUGCGGCAUUCAUACGCAGGAACAAAUUUUGAUUGAGGAUGAGUCAAAGCAUGCUGCACAGAAACGAACUGCUGCUCAGGUUGAUGCAUCGACGUCGCAAGAAAUGCAGCUUGAGAGUAACUCCACACAGGCUACUGCAAGCACAUCGGCUGUUGGUGUUGAUACUGCCAGUAGCAUUGUGGUAAGAAAUUCCUUUGAGCGCAUGUUCAUAACACAAGCGCUUGUCGUUCCACAGCAGCGUCGUUCUCUUUUAAGCUUCUUCGUCCACUUUUUUUUCAUUUUUACAAUUCUGUUCCGUCGAUUUGGAAGCUUCCAGAACUUAUUUGUUUGGCUUCGAAAGCAGUUUAGCGCUUUUUAG